CCUCUCUAUGGGGGCAGGCUGGAAGCGAGUUUCACUAAUAAUUUUGUGGUUCUGGUGCAAACCAAUGCCAUUUCCCAGGUGCAAAUGCUUUAUUGGAUGUGCUAGGUCGAAACAGUUCUCGCCAGGUUCUCGUGCUCAGGCACUGGAGCUGAUGAGCCACAUUAGCAUCUGCUUAUUUACAGAAGUUUAAGCCAUGAAGGUUGUCGUUCAGAGGGUGUCCAACGCAAGUGUUACAGUUGAUGGGCAGCUAGUCAGUAGCAAAAAAGGCCUGUGCAUCCUAGUUGGCCUCUCAAGAGAUGAUACAGAUAAGGAUCUAGAAUAUAUGAGUCGCAAGGUGCUGAACCUGCGCGUGUUCGAGGCCGCCGAUGGCAAGCGGUGGGCGUGCGGAGUGCGCGACAGUGGACUGGAGGUGCUCUGUGUCAGCCAGUUCACGCUCUAUGGCAAGCUGCAGGGCAACAAGCCCGACUUCCGGCGUGCCAUGGGCGGCGUCGAAGCGCGCCAGCUGUACCAGCGCUUCGUGGACCGGCUUCGCGACGAAUACAGCUCGGAGAAGGUCAAAGAUGGACUGUUCGCCGCCUACAUGCAAGUUUCGAUCCAGAACGACGGUCCCGUAACGAUCACACUAGAGUCGCCGUCUGGCGGCGGCGCCGACGGCUCCGCUGAUAGCGCGGAGCCCAGCUGACGCCGCCGGACGGCUCCAGCCG